AUGGCUUCAGUACUCAGUAAAGAGUCUCUCGCCAUUACUUUAUCCAUUGUUACACUAAUCAUUGGACUCUCCCAUUUCAACAUGAUCUCUCUCAAAUCCAUCUUCAAGUCUGUUUACAUCCGUCUUUGGAAAUUUGUCAACAUCUUUGUCCACUGGCACAAACUCCCCACGUGGCUUGGUGUUUUCAAUCUCCUCGCCCUUCGAUAUGAACUCCGCGAAAAGAACCUUUACGACACCUACCCCAAUGCCGAGUUUCAGGGCACUGCAGCUGAUUGCCCCAUGAAGAACUCCAAAUUCAUCGCGAACAGGAACUCAGAUGGUGAUUUCAAUGAUCUAGCGCAACCAAAGAUGGGUUGUGCUGGUAUGAGAUUCGGUCGAAAUGUCCCAAGAAAGUACACCACACCGCCAACUCAACAGGAGCUGCUCACUCCCAACCCCAGAGUUAUUUCAGAAAAGAUUCUGGCUAGACCGGAAGGCGAGUUCAAACCCGCUGAGAUCGUCAAUCUUCUCGCCGCAGCGUGGAUCCAGUUCCAAGUCCAUGAUUGGGCACAGCACUUCCUCGUCACAAACGGCGACAAAGACGUCGAGAUUCCUCUAGACAAAGCCGACAGAUGGUCUGAGCGCAUCAUGAAAAUCCCUCGAACAAAGAGAGACGAUGCCCUUUCGCAGCAGGAUAUCGAGACACCAGCUUAUACCAACGAGUGCACCCAUUGGUGGGACGCCUCUCAGAUCUACGGAUCCACUGAAGCUGAGACGAAAGCUCUCCGAGCGAAGUGUGAUAAAUCAUAUCCCGGUCAACUCCAUGUUACGCGCGAAGAUGGCGUUCAGUUCCUCCCUCGAUCGAAUGAUGGCAUUCCCGAGACUGGGUUCAGACAGAACUGGUGGUUGGGACUUGAACUUCUUCAUACGCUAUUCGCGCUUGAGCAUAACGCCAUUGCUACGCAGCUUCAUCUUUCGAAUCCGAGCUGGUCGAGUGAUCAGAUCUUUGAUACUGCUCGACUGAUCAAUUGUGCGCUUAUGGCUAAGAUUCAUACUGUUGAGUGGACACCUGGUAUUCUGCAGCACCCGGCGCUGCAGAUUGGAAUGAAUGCGAACUGGUGGGGACUUUUGGGCGACAAGCUUUGGCAUGUCUUUGGCCGUGUCUUUGAUAACAAGUCAGAAGUCAUUUCUGGUAUUCCCGGAUCAGGUGUUGAUCACGACAAUGUCCCAUACUGCCUCACAGAAGAAUUCGUCUCCGUCUACCGUCUUCAUCCUCUCAUCCCCGACAACGUAGCAUUUUUUAGCAUUAAAGAUGGUCAACACAAGGGCACACUACCUAUCAAAGAGGUUGCGUUCGAGUCAGCCCGCAAGCCCUUCAACGAAGAUAAAUCAGGCUUGGGUCUCUCUUUCGCUGAUGUCUUUUACUCCUUCGGCGUCAACCAUCCAGGUGCUAUUCGAGCCCACAACAUGCCCAAUUUCUUACGAGACCUAAAUAUCCCAGGCGACAAAGACUUUCCUCACGGUCGACACUUGGACUUGGGAACCAUUGACAUUCUUCGUGAUCGUGAGCGCGGCGUUCCUCGCUACAACGCUUUCCGCCGCCUAUUUCACAUGGCACCCGCAAAGAGCUUCCUUGAUCUCACAGGCGGUGAUGCCAAGCUAGCUGCUGAGUUGAAGGAAGUUUACGACGGCGAUCUCGAAGCCGUAGAUCUUCUAGUUGGUACGCUCAGCGAGCCUCUGCCCAAGGGCUUUGGCUUUAGCGACACUGCCUUCCGUGUGUUUAUCCUCAUGGCCACUCGCCGCAUCAAGUCCGAUCGCUUCCUCGCCGGUGAUGGCUGGUGUCCCGAGGUUUAUACUCGCGAGGGCAUCAAUUGGGUGCAGAACAAUACAAUGAAGGAUGUUUUAUGUCGACACUUUCCUGAACUUGCUGCGACGCUGCACAAUGUUAAGAAUGCUUUCGCUCCUUGGACCAAGAUUAGUCAGACUGCGGCAUACGCGGGUCCAGAGACUAACAAGGCAAAGAACUGA